UUCCACUUUGGUUCCCUCAGUUCAAGCGUGGAAACCCAAAGCACUGAUCUGGAAAACAUCAGAAUGAGACGCUCUGUCAGCCGUUUGUGUCCCAUGUUCCUCUACCUUGCUGUGUGUUGGGGUCAGAGGUCAAACACAAACGAUGGCCGUGAGUCCUGCGCUCACUGUGACCUCCAGCUCUGCUGCAAUUGUUCGUUUAGUGGGUUCACCCGGGUUCCUAAAGUUACGGAUGAUGUUCUGGUUCUGGAUCUCUCCUUCAAUAACAUCUCUGAAGUGACUGACGACGACCUGAGAGGUCAUGCAUCCCUGAGGGUUCUGGACCUCCAAGGGAACAGACUGUCCUCCAUCCAUCCAUCAGCGUUCGACUCCCUGUGGAGCCUGGAGGAGCUGGAUCUGUCCGACAACCGGCUGACCGUCCUUGACCCCCGGUGGUUCAGCGAGCUGGGAGCUCUGCAGCAGCUCAACCUGCUCAACAACCCGUACAGUCGUCUGGGUUCUUCUCCUCUGUUUGAGGGACUCGUCAGACUGAGGAUCCUGGAGUUUGGAGGUCCGGUUCAGGAAGAACUGAAGACAGGAGACCUGAAAGGGGUCACUCAGCUGGACCGACUUACCGUGCGCGCCAACAAUCUGAUCAGAUAUGAACGUGGUACCUUGGCAGAGAUCUGGCCUCUGGGUGGCGUCACCUUAAACCUUCACAGACCUUUUUUGACCGACCCGGCCUUGGUCUCAGCUGUCCUCAAUGACGUGUUGAGUCCUGAGACGCACUUGACUUUGGAAGACGUCCAUUUGACGUCAAAAAUUCCCGCUCAGGUCUUCAGAGACACACACAUCAACAGGAUCAGAUACAUGUCGUUCCGGAAUGUCACCAUCUCUGAUGAGUCGGUGGUCGACUUCCUGACGGCCAUUAACGGGUCACCCCUGACCUCUCUGUCCAUAGACGGUCUGACUGUGACCGGGGAAGGAAGGUGGACUCGUGCAAACUGGACUGACCUGAGAAGCAUGGAUGAAUUCCUGGUCAGGAACCUGGUGCUGCAGGAUGUGUUCACAUUUUUCCUGAUUGGAAACCUGUAUUUUUUGGUCCAGAACCAGCGGAAACUGUCGUUCAUAAAUUCCCAGCUCUUUCUACUGUCCUGUUACUCAACCAGACUGAUGAAGGAGGUCCAAUACCUGGACAUGUCGGACAACCUGCUGACAGACCUGACUCUGGGGUACAUGCUGUGCGACGGAGAAGAAACGCUGCCGGAACUCAGAGUUCUGAACAUAAGUGGAAACAACCUGAAGUCUUUGCCCACGAUAAGCCGGCUGGCAGCAAGACUCACCAAACUGACCCACUUAGACAUCAGCAGAAGCGGCUACAGCUCCAUGCCCCCCAGCUGCGCUUGGCCCGCCACUCUGCGACACCUCAACAUCUCCAGUGCCAAGCUGACGACCACAACGCCGUGUCUUUCCACAAGCCUGGAGGUUUUGGAUCUAAGCAACAAUGAUCUGAGAAGCUUCACUGUGACCCUGCCUUUGCUGAGGGAGCUCCACCUCUCUGGGAACAAGUUCCUGAAGUUUCCUGAUGGACGCCUCUUUCCUAAUCUGCAAACGCUGGCGAUAUGGUCCAACACCCUGAACCUGUUUGGUCGUUCGGACCUCCAGUCAUACAGGCGGCUGGAUAAACUGCAGGCAGGCCAGAACAAGUUCAUCUGCUCCUGUGACUUUGUCGGCUUCCUCCAGUCGCUCCUCAAAGGAGGCGGAGACGCCACGUUGACCGAUAAAGAGGACAGCUACCGCUGCGACUCCCCUCUCUACCUGCAGGGGGAGUCUGUGAGCACAGUCCACCUCUCCAUCCUGGAGUGUCAUCAGCUUUUGUUUGUGUCUGUGAGUUGUGGCGUGGCGUUGCUCCUCGGCAGUUUGUUGUGCGUCCUGUUGUGGCGGCUUCACGUCUUCUGGUACCUGAAGAUGAUCUGGGCGUGGCUCAAGGCCAAGCGUAGCUCCCAGCAGCGACAGAGACGCAGAAACGAUGAAGAAUCUGAAGCUCUGAUUUCCUUUGACGCCUUUGUUUCCUACAACGACAGAGAUGCCAGCUGGGUGGAGAACUUCCUGGUACCGGAGCUGGAGGAGCCGAGCAGUGACUCUCUCCAGCCGCUGACUCUCUGUCUCCACAAACGGGACUUCCUUCCUGGCCGGUGGAUCGAGGACAACAUCAUGAGCGCCAUCGAGCGAAGUCGGCGGACUGUGUUUGUCCUCUCUGAGAACUUCGUCAGGUCGGCCUGGUGUCGCUACGAGCUGGACUUCUCCCAUUUCCACCUCUUUGACGCCGGCGGAGAUGCGGCCAUCUUGAUCCUGCUCGAGCCGAUGACCAAAGACGACGUCCCCAAGCGUUUCUGCAAACUCCGCAAGCUGAUGAGCUCCACCACAUACCUGGAGUGGCCUGGAGAGGAGGCGCAGAGGGAGGAAUUCUGGAGGAGUCUUCGUAAUGCUUUGAGGGGAGAGUAGAACGCUUUAAAGGACAAAUUUAUUUCCUAAGAGAACAAACACAAAAUUCCCCAGUUUAGCCUAAAACUGAAUCUCCGAGUGUUUCAAUCAUGCUGGAAACGGCCUCCAGGGGGAGCUGUCGUUUCGUUAUACGGGUUUCAUUAAGAAUAGAUAAACUUUUUCAAACGGCA